AUGAACUAUAAUUUGCCACCAUGGAUUUGCAUGAAGCCGGAGUAUAUAAUGUUGUCAAUGAUCAUUCUAGGUUCAUCAUCUCCUGGAAACGAUAUAGAUGUGUUCCUACAACCACUAAUUGCAGAGUUGAAGGAACUAUGGGAAAUGGGAGUGGAAACAUAUGAUGUUGAAACUAACCAAACAUUUCUAAUGCGUGCAGCUUUAUUGUGGACAGUUAGUGAUUUUCCAGCACUAGCAAUGCUUUCCGGAUGGAGCACCAAGGGGAAAUGGGCAUGCCCCACCUGUAAUUAUGAUACUUGCUCUCAAUAUCUCAAACAUAGUCGUAAGAUGUGUUACUUGGGUCAUCGAGCAUUUUUACCUCCUGAUCAUCCAUUCCGAAGAGAUAAGAAAUCAUUUGAUGGUAAAGAGGAGCAUAAAGCUGCACCUACUCCCUUAUCAGGCAUAGAAGUUCUUGAAGAGCUACGUGAAUUCAAUAAUGUCUUUGGGAAGGGCCGAAAGAAAAGGGCUCGGAAGAGUGAUGGUCCAUGGAAGAAAAGAUCCAUAUUUUUUAAAUUGUCAAAUUGGGCACAUAACAAAUUGAGGCACAAUCUUGACGUGAUGCACAUAGAGAAGAAUAUAUGUGAUAGUUUGCUUGGGACUUUGUUAGAUGUACCUGGAAAGUCCAAAGAUCAUGUAAAUUCUCGCUAUGACUUGCACGAGAUGGGGAUACGCAAGGAGCUUCAACCAUUAAAAGAUGAUAAGAAUGGUAAAAUUCAUAUGGCUAAAGCUUGUUUCUCUAUGAAACCAGAGGAGAAAAUGUUGUUUUGCACUGUUUUAAAAAAUGUCAAAUUACCAAAAGGGUGUGCCUCUAAUAUAUCACGUCGUGUGCAAAUGGAGGAGAUGAAAGUAUCCGGAUAUAAGAUCCAUGAUGCACAUUUCAUAAUGCAGUACUUGCUUCAAGUUGCGGUUAGAAAAGUGUUACCCAAGAAUGUGUCUUUGGCCUUGAUUAGGUUGGGGAAUUAUUUUAGAACCAUAUGUAGUAAGGUUAUAAGAAGAAGAGAUCUUGAUAAAAUGAAGGCUGAAAUCAUAGAUAUAGUAUGUGACCUUGAAAAGAUUUUUCCUCCAACCUUUUUUGAUAUAAUGAUACAUUUGCCUAUCCAUUUAGUAGAUAAAAUUAAGCUUGGGGGUCCGGUUCAUUUGCGUUGGAUGUAUCCCAAUGAGAGCAACAUGUGCAAAUACCUACAUGAUGGGGUGAAGACAAGAUUUAGUAGGUAUCAGACCGAGGAUGAAGAUGUUCAAACAAAGGGAAAUGAUUUUUCACAUAUAUUUCCUAAGACAGGCUAUCCAAUUGGUAGUAAGAAGAAAAGGAAAGGCAAGACAUUUGACAUGGAUAGUCAUCAGUGGGUUGAAGCACAUCAGUAUGCUUUGUUCAAUACUGGAGAUGAACAAGUAGAGACGUUUAUCAAGGAACAUAAGAGUAUAAUUGAUAAACGUGGUAGAGGAAAUGCAUGGGCAAAAGCAUGA